AUGCCACCCUCCUCCUCAAUAGCCAAAGCCAUCAAAUUCGGUCCUUUUACCGUGACUUCUCAAGUCUUCUACAAAACCCCCCUGACCUUCUGUCUCGUGAACCUCAAACCUUUACUCCCAGGCCACAUCCUAGUAUGCCCGUUGCGCUCCGUACCUCACCUCUCCGAUUUACGACCCAACGAACUGCACGACCUUUUCUCGACGGUUCAAUUGGCUAGUGUCACGUUGAAAAGAGUUUACGGGGCACCUGCGUGCAAUAUAGCGAUUCAAGACGGAGAGGCCGCGGGCCAGAGUGUAAAGCACGUGCAUUGCCAUGUGAUACCGAGAAAGGACAAAGAUAUGGAGGAGAGGGGUGGUGGGGAUAAGCUUUACGAGGAGUUGGAGGGAGUGGAGGGGGAUGUGGGGAUGCAUCAGAAGGAGCAGAUUCAAGGUGAGCAAAGGCAGGGCAAGGGGAAAUUUCCGAAACAAAAGGAUGAGGAUAGGAAGCCUAGGAGUAUGGAGGAGAUGGAGAAGGAGGCUGCUUGGUUGGCAGAGGAGAUUCUGAAGGAUGUAAGGGAGAGGGAGGGUGCGAAUGGGUCGUCUUUGUGA